AGGGAGGAAGAAAAAAAUCCGGCUAUGUAUUUCAAUUCGCGUAGACAUAUGCAGCUGUGAUAUCUGUAUUAUUUCUGCCGAAUUUCGAAGGAUUCGUUGUGUGAACGCAGCGGCCGCUGCCGCAGAUCUGAGUUUUUAGGUUAGUUUGCUUUGUGAAUCGACGAUUUUCAUGUGCGCGUGUUUGUGGUGGUAAUGCGGAAAAUUAAGCGGUGUAGGUAUUUGAUCGAUCGAGGAAGCUAAUUAUAAUGAUUUUUUUAAUGAUUUAUUGGAUAUGGAUAGUUGCUUUUCGGAAAUGGUUGGCGGUUUGUUGAGAGGAACGAUCGAUGCCUCGUUUGGGAUGUUUUUCAAUGAUCUGCGUGCUGUUGAAUAUUUGAUUUAGAGAUCGGUUAGGUGGAUGUUAGUUUAGCAUUAUUGAUUUGUUAUCGUUUUACAUCUGCUAAUCUGUUGCUUCUGAACAUAUUUAUUCAUGUUCACUGUUUCAUUUGUAGGAGUAUUCUGGUAUUUAUAUUGAAUGUGGAGGUUGAUUUUUGUUUACAUUUCCAAAAUGUGAAAAAUUCUAGGUGGCUGAGUCUGAUGUCCUGUUUAGAUGCAUUUUAGAGCUCUUGUAGGAAGGAUGUACUAUUAUUGCCUAUUGAUCAGCCUAGUACUUAGUAACUGCAACCAUGCAUAGCAGCAUAGGUUUUUAGAUAAGAAACAGAGUUGAGAUUUCUGCUAAAUACUAUUGAUGUUAUGUGGUCAUGUGUGUAGUUCCUCAUGCUGUAGUUGAUGACACCACAUGACACCACCGAGCUCUGACAUUUUGUAGAGUUUUUCAGCUCCAUGUGUGACUUGAGCCACUUUUCCUCAACUUCAGAACUCUACAUAAAUCGCCAAUUUCUACACUAUUUUCUAAUAUUGCUAUUAAAGUAAGAGCGGGUUAAUUUAACCUAUGAUUGCAUCUUGUUUGUCAGAUCUAUUUCUUAUCCUUUCCCCCCCUCUUUCUGUUGGUCCUUGGUUCAAUUUCCAAUUUUCCAUAGACAAAUGGAAUAGACACUCUUGAAGAUCUCAAGUUUUCUUUUGAUUCUAUUUGUCUAGUAUUUGUGAUUCCUUCUCCUGUCUGCAGCAUGCUUAUUUGGUCAAAUACCUUUAUUCUUUAGUGAACAAGCUCUGAAGUAAAUUUAUCAAACCAAGUGAAAUUUUCCCAAUGAAAUGGGAGAAAUGCUGAAAUGGCUUGAGUAGUGAUUAUCCCACCUUGAUUAUGAAAGCUCUAUGAAAAAGAAAGGCUGUAAAAAGGAUAUGUGCUUUUCAAAGUGUUCAUGUUAAGAUUGCAUGAAGAAAUCACUUCUUUUCUCAAGAUCAAUCCCAAUGUAAAACACUAUUGAUUGUGCCCUGUAAUCCACUAUAUUGCUGUAGAUCCUAAGGUCAUACUAGAAUGGUGUACUGUUGAUUACUUGAAUGUGUUAAUGCUUGAGACCUCAUAGAUGCUCUGUUGCUGGUAUGUGUGCAUAUGUCAAAAUUACACAAAUAAAGCGAACAUGUUAUUUAGUUCAUGCUGCUUCUACUAUUUCUGACUUGUGUAAAUUGUUUCAGAAUUCUAUUUCCAGCCGGAAUUACUGGAGUUCUGAAAUUAGAUUAAGGCAUUAAGCGAGGCUGUUCGCUUUAUUGGAAGUGUAUCAAAAUUAAAGGUUUUAAUCAGAUUUUCAUGGCUCAGUUGUAUUUGACAUGUCGUUGAGAUGGUCAAAGUAUAUCGUUUCUAAUUAAAGCAUUUUUUCCAUCAUUACCUCUGAAUCGAUUUAUAGUAUUAUAUUUGAUCAUGAAGGUUCUUUUAGUUUUACACUUUCUUGGUUGGCUCAUUAUCUGUCCUGCACACUCGAUCAGAUAAUACAUUAAAUUUUCACUGUAGGAUUUCAGAAAUAGUAACGUCUGAGCACGCUUAAGUACUGAGAAAUGGAAGAUCUGUCAAGUUUUUGGGGCCCUGUGACAUCCACACAUGAGUGGUGUGAGAUGAAUUAUGUCCACUCAUCCUAUAUUGCCGAAUUUUUCAACACCAUAUCUAAUGUCCCAUGCAUCCUACUAGCACUAAUUGGCCUUGUUAAUUCUCUGAAAUAUCGAUUUGAGAAAAGGUUCAGCGUCCUUCACCUAUCAAAUAUGAUACUUGGCAUUGGCAGCAUGAUAUAUCAUGCCACAUUGCAGCGACUGCAGCAGCAAGGGGACGAAACACCUAUGGUGUGGGAAAUGCUCCUUUACAUCUACAUUCUCUACUCUCCCGACUGGCAUUAUCGAAGUACAAUGCCCACAUUUUUGUUUCUCUAUGGCGCAGCAUUCGCAGUUGCACACUCACAAGUUCGCUUCAACCUUGGUUUCAAGGUACACUACGCACUGCUUUGUCUCCUUUGCAUUCCCAGGAUGUACAAGUAUUACAUUCACACAGAAGACAAAUCUGCUAAGCGGCUGGCAAAGCUCUAUGUGGCCACUCUUGUGACGGCAACCAUCUGCUGGCUAGCCGACCUCCUCUUCUGCAAGGAUAUUUCGCUGUGGCACUUCAAUCCACAGGGUCAUGCCUUGUGGCAUGUUUUAAUGGGUUUCAACUCGUACUUCGCCAACACGUUUUUGAUGUUCUGCCGAGCUCAACAACGAGGGUGGAAUCCAAAAGUAAAGCACUUUUUGGGUAUGUUCCCUUACGUGAACAUUCAAAAACCAAAAGCACAGUGAAAUGGAUAUUAAUUGUGAGAAAGUGCGAGUAUGUUGCGUGCUGGUUGGGAAAAACUGAGAUUCAUUUUUUGCUCUUUAAUUUUGUUUUGAAACAUGUAUGUAAAUGAUAGCUGGAAGUAAACUUAGAUGGUUGAUAUUUAAAUUUUGACUGUAAAAGUAGAAUAUUAUGAGGUAGCAUAUUUUCAUAUAUCGUGUGACAAGAAGAGUUUCUAGUCUUAGUCGAUUGGAUUUUCCGGUGACUGUAAAAGUAGAAUAUUAUGAGGUAGCAUAUUUGUUCUUUCGAAUUUUGGGAUAAUAAUUAUUUUAUAUUUUUAUUA